UUCCUGCGCAUUACAGACCUUGUUCUGGAGCGAAGGUGGGAGGGGGAAUGGAAUCGUUUGUCCGGAGACUGUGUUGUAUAGACAACCAUAACGGCUUUAAGUUAUUUCUCCCGCGUUACAGUAAUUUUACUUAGGAGAUUAGGCUGUGCCAAAUGCGGUUCUCGUUGAAAAUGCGUGGGGAAGAUGAAGACACGCAACCUUAUUUUGACCAUGACCAUAAUGUAGCCACGGAGCUAUUUGUCUAAGGCUAACCUAGGUUACACGUUACAGACGUCUUCGUGUCUUCACCUUUCGCUGACUUCAUGCUUGCAGAAGAGCCAGAUCUUCCUCCACAAACGGAUCCAAUCCAGGAUGCCGGAUCGCUGGUGGUGGGAGAGGAGGGCGCUGCUGGACCGCUGGUGCUGGAUGUGGCCGCCACAGAGGAGGUCGCAUCACUAGUGGUGGAUGCGGUAGCAGAGGAGGCUGCAUCCUUAGUAGUGGAUGUGGCGGACGAGGCGGCAUCACUGGUAGUUGAUGUGGCGGACGAGGCGGCAUCACUGGUAGUUGAUGUGGUGGCGGAUGAGGCCGCAGCACUGGUAGUGGACGUGGCAGAGGAUGCUGCCUCAGUGGUGGUGGAGGUGGCAGAGGAGACCACAUCACUGGCAGCGGAUGAAAAGAUCCCCUUCCUGAGCCCCGGGUGGCUGGAGGAACAGGACUGGGAAUGGAUGCUCCUGGUGGGGUUGUUUGUGGCAUCUGUGCUGGUGGUACUAACCUGGCUGGUGCAAUUCUGUCGGAACCUGCGCUACCCUAAGAGGACGAGGACCCAUAGCAAGCUGGAAACCCCCUGGCAGCUGCACCUGCCCCUGAACCUGACCCAUCAGACACUGACAGGGGGUGUGUGGGGGUCCUUGCUCAGGCUGAAGUUUGGCCGCGCCGGGGGAGGAAGCGGCGACACGGAGGCGGGGGUGAAGGGCCUAAUCUCCUCACUCUUCUCCUUCAAGUCAUUCAGGGAACACUGGCAACGCGCUUGGGUUCGAGCCCUCAACGAGCAAGCCAGCCGACAAGGGAGCUCAAUUCAGAUCAACUUCAGUGAGAGUCUACAGCUCCCGUCCUCUGCUUCCAUAGAUCAUGUGACCUGUACAGACCAAUCGUCCCGCAGUAUGGUGUUGCAGUGCACUUGUUCAGUCGACACCGUCUCGUUUCCAGUGUCGGUCACUCAGCAGUCGCAUGCGGCUGUGUCCAUGGACACCUAUCAGGUCACCAUAGAGCCUACUGAUGCUCAGCUGGUGGUGUCUCUGGAGGAGGUGGAGGAGGAGGGCCUGUUGGUGUCCUGGACGUUUUCCCAGCAGCCUCAGCUCUACGUGACCGUGUCCUCCAUGAAGAUCCAGAGGAAGGGCUCGGACCCUGAGGUGGACCUGAGUGUGAUCCGGGACCUGGUGGAGGACACUCUGUACAGCACGCAGCCGGCCAUGAUCCUCAACCUCCGGGCCUGCGUGUCCAGCCCAGCGUUUCCCAGAGAGAAGCUGCUGAACAGGCCCAGCUCUCUGUCACCAGGACAAGCGGUUACACAGAAACUCCUGGUGUGCCAGCUGAGAGCAGCCAUGGUCAGAAAAGCAGAGUCCCGAAGCUUAGGGGAGCUGUGUUGCGCCCUGAGUCUGGACGUCCCAACGGUGGAGAGAAGAACUCACUUCCUGUCCUCGUCCUCAAGCGGCGAGGCCAAACUGGAGUGGAAUGAAGAUGUUAUUCUGGAUAUGUACCCAGAUACCAAAGAGCUGCAGAUAAGACUACUGGAGCGGAACAGCAGGGGAGAACACUUCCUUGGGCAGACCUCUCUGCUGUUGAAUGUUUCUAACAAGCGUCUGUCAGGACAGCAGCACCUCUCCAUCAGCCCAGGCCAGGGGCUCUCCACAACAGCCUGGCUCACCUUCGAGUUGCAGUACCUGGACCCAUCGGACCCUCGCUUUGGGCAGAGCUCCACGCCCAUCCGCUCGUCCCUCACCCCCACCAAGAAGGUGGACGUGGACCGCACCAUCAUGCCCGACGGCACCAUCGUUACCACGGUGACCACUAUUCAGACCAGACCAAAGCUGGACCGUAAACUUGGGGACUCGCCGUCAAGAUCUCCUUCCAAGGUGGAGGUGACGGAGAAAAGGCCCACCGUGCUCAUCGAUGCUCCUGGAGGAGCCAGUGUGAGCUCCACACCUAGCACCGAGAGUUCUCUCUCUAACGGGCUGGAUCCCGUUGCUGAGACUGCUAUUCGGCAGCUGACUGAGUCAUCAGGCAAAGUGUCCAAGAAGACCCCCACCAAGAGAAGCACGCUGAUCAUCUCGGGGGUGUCGAAGGUUCCUGUCACGGAGGAUGACUCUGCGUUGUCCGCGGGCUACGCUGCCUCCAUGGAUGCUGCCCUCCAGGGAGAUGUGUCUCCAGGUAGCGCCCUGAACCACUGCGGUGGCAUCUCUCCGCAUCCAGACGUGGACGAGACCACACCAUCAGACGUGUCCGAGAGGCCGUCUGUGGACGACGUGGAUUCUGAAACGGGCUCCACUGGGGCGCUGGAGACGCGCAGCCUCAAAGACCACAAAAGUGGGUUGGGUUUCCUGCGUAGCGGCACCAAGUUCUUGUUGCGGAGGAAGAACCGGCAGAAGGACCCCACCUUCAGCCAGUCCCACGAGGACAUGUCCAACGUGGGCGACGACACCGCCUCAUCUGCCUCCACCAGCGUGCGGAAGAAGUCUGGAAGCUUCUCGCGGAGGCUGAUCAAACGCUUCUCCUUCCGUUCAUCCAAGUCAAAGGGCAAGGCCAGUGCCACCAAUGGAGGGACCAGUGUGGCUGACAAGUGAGACAUCUCCUCGGGGAGAAAGAGCCGUGUGGUCUGUGGGGACAUUGCCACUGCUGUAGGAAGAAGAAAGGGACAAGUGUGAAUUGCGGGCUUUCACAAGCUCAGACUUCAGUCGCAAAAUGAAAUGCGGAUGUUGACUCUUGCCCCAGUGAGACACGGUCUUCUGAAGGCACGCAUAAGAGCACUUUCCAUCAAUCCCGUCUCCCCAGCCCCCUCCCUUUGGUUGGCCUUUAUCAUAGAAAAAAAGAAAACAAGACUGGUUGCCUUUAGGUUAGCACUCCCACAAUGUCAUAGUCCCUCUGUUAUAUCUGAGAUUCCAAGGUUUUGAGGAAGCAUUUUGGUCAUUGAAAGACGUAUUGAUUGUUGUUGUGUUUAGCUCAGUUCAUACUGUCUCUGUCUGCUAAGAGUAACAUGAAAUUCUUGUAACUUUAAGGAAGAAUAAGUGUUUUAACUAGUGUACAGCUUAGAGCAAAGAAGGAGUGGAUUAACUUGAGAAUGAUUUGGCAGUUCCUGUGUAUGUUUUAUUUAUUUGACAAAUUGCACUUUGGACUUUUGAAUUGUUUACAACACUAGAGAGCUUCUAGAUGCAUUUAUUUUAUAAUGUUUACCCUCAGAAACACUAAUUUUCUGUUCUGUUUGCGGUUUCUUUUUGGCUUUUUUGUUUCAGUUUUUUGAUCUGUGGUUUUGAAAAAAAUCCAAUGUGUGCUCAUUUUCUGUGGUAGAUUUUAGUAGAUAGUCUACUGAACAAAUAUCCAGCCUUUGAAUGAAGUAAAAGUGAUCUUGAUGGUUUUCUUUGUUGCUGAUGAACAUGUUCUUGGACGAUUUUUUUGUUUCUCAAAACCAAGAAUGGGAAUAACAUAACUCUUCUAUGUUGGUGUGUGUGUGUGUAUUUAGGUUGUAAAGAAAUUAAUUAGAAUUUAAAGGGAAUUAUUUAAGUAAACUACGUAUGAAGUAUAUAUAUUCUUGAAUAUUUUUUAUUUAUAUAAAUAAAUCCCGAUCAUCUAAUCACCUUAAAUCGAACAUUCAGGGGUAAUACAAAAAUCCAGACAUAACCCCCAAAAUCAUUGGAAAAUGUUGUUGUUGUUUUCAUUUACCUCAGGUGAAAUCUUUUAAUGAAUGUUAUGGUAGCCAUUAUGUUUUGUUUUUUUUACGUUCAAAAUAUCCAUUAAAGUUCAUCAGUUUCCAUUGCAGGUGACCAUCAUAUCGCAAUAACCUUCCUUCUCUUAGUGCAUGCACGACACCCUCUUCACUCUCUUGUACAAAAAAUAAUUUGAGAUAAUGUCUUGCUAUGUUUGGGGUUGGGGUUGUUUUAUUCUCUUUGAACAAACUGACAAUAAUAUCGUUUAGAAACGGUGUAUCAAAAAAAAUAGAACAACUGGUAACAUUCUGCAGUGAAACCCCAAUCCCUAAACCCCAAUCCAGAUUCUAACCCAUUCCCUAUGAUGACGCAUUGUCACUUUUGUUACAGUGUACUCUAUGGUGCAGAUACUGUAACAGGCAUCAUGACACUGAAUUUUACGUUCUCUUUUUCAGUGUAUCUGCCAUGCAUCAAUAUGUAAUGUUGUGUACUUAUACACUGUACAUACCAAACCCUAACCAUAACCCUUGGGUGCAGUGCAAGCGCAUAAUGUUACAUGUUGUUACAUAUUUUGUUGCACUUUACAUAAUUCAUGUAGAAGAGACUGUAAAAUUAAGUGUAACCCAUUGAUCAGUUAAAGUAUAGCAUAAGAAAACGUGUUUUUAUUAGCUUGCAAAUGUAAAAAAAAAAAAAAAUGUUUCUUGGGCUCCUUGGUCCCCUAGCUAAAUCCCCUUCAGAUGCAGUGUUCCAUUGUCGAGGGCUACUUAUUAUUAUGGACUGCGCUGAGUCUGAGCGGACUCUGUCUUUGCCAGACAGAUGGCAGAGGAAGACAGUACAGGUGGUGGUUCUGUACUAUUUCACCAGGUGAAUUAAAUCAGGUCUUGCAUGGCUACUGUGUCUAGAUGCCGAUAUCUAACAUAGCAUUUGUUACUCAAAAAUGUUCUGCUUGUCACUGAACGAUGAAAACAUAUAUAUAAAAUAAAUUCUUGAUAAUAAAAGAACAAAAA